CUGUUUUCAAGUCCUUUAACAGUGAUUUCCGGCCAUGCCUGAGCUAGCCAAGUCCGCUCCCGCCCCGAAGAAGGGCUCCAAGAAGGCGGUGACCAAGGCGCAGAAGAAGGACGGCAAGAAGCGCAAGCGCAGCCGCAAGGAGAGCUACUCGGUGUACGUGUACAAGGUGCUGAAGCAGGUGCACCCCGACACCGGCAUCUCGUCCAAGGCCAUGGGCAUCAUGAACUCGUUCGUGAACGACAUCUUCGAGCGCAUCGCGGGCGAGGCGUCGCGCCUGGCGCAUUACAACAAGCGCUCGACCAUCACGUCCCGGGAGAUCCAGACGGCCGUGCGCCUGCUGCUGCCCGGGGAGCUGGCCAAGCACGCCGUGUCCGAGGGCACCAAGGCCGUCACCAAGUACACCAGCGCAAAGUGAGCCCGCCGGCUGCAGAGCAAUCGGUAAGGCUCGGUCC